AUGUCGGUAAUAAUUCGUUUGCAAUUGUUACCGCUAUCCGCCGCUGCCGCUGAUGUGAGAGCAUUCUUCUCCGGUCUGCGAAUUCCUGAUGGAGCCGUACACAUAGUAGGAGGGGACGACGGUGAUGCAUUCAUCGGAUUUGCAACCGACGAAGAUGCAAGACAAGCAAUGCGACGAGAUCGUGGACAGAUACAUGGACAGGAGGUUCGUCUGACUUAG